UUUCACCAAACACACAACACAUAGCCCAUUUCCUUCUUCCAACAGCAUCGGACCACAACACUGUCUGCCCAUUUCUCUGAAGCUCGAUAGAAAUCAUGGCCUCUCUCGUACGCGGAGCCGCAUCUCUAACUCGCAUCACUGCCCCCUCUUCCAAAUCUCCCAUUCAACUCAUCCACCGCCGUGGCCUCGCCGCAGCUGCAGAUCACCAUGGUUCCGCUAAAGUUGCCUGCUGGAAAGACCCAAUGAGUCCUUCUAAAUGGAAGGAAGAGCACUUUGUGAUUGUCUCUUUAACUGGCUGGGGACUGACUUUCUAUGGGGGAUACAAGUUAUUUUCAGGAGGCAAGAAAGAAGAGAAAUUGGUGGAAGCAUCAGUUUGAGGUUUGCAACAUAUUACAACAAUCAUGGUAAUAAUGUGUGGCCGGGACUUUUUUCGGGUUUUUUCAGACUCCGUCUUGUUUGCUAGCUAGCAAACCUUUUGCUUUGUUAUCAUCAAUUAAUCCUUGCAGACAAUGAAUAUUUGGGGGAUGAUUCUUUCCAUAAAAUAACAAUAUGUUACUUUCAAUGUUAUAUUUGCCCAUUUAUGCCAAUUCCUGAAUCCUGAUUUCAACUACGUUUGCAAGCAAUUACUUUUGUUGA